AUGGCCCCUAAAUACACUCCUCCUCCUACACCAUCACCACCUGCUUCCUGUUACGCUAUGAGUGACGACGAGGAGGAUGAAUACAAUACCAUCGCCCAGGCGUCCUCGAGGAGAGGAGUCAAGCUACUCUUCUCUAAAAGCAAGGUCUACGUCCAUCCCACCUCCUCCGCCAAAGAUAAUAUCGCUGGAUUCAUCGCCCUGAUUCAACAAAAACCAAACCCCGCAUCACAUGCCUCUCAAGCGCAAUCCAAACACCCUGAUGCACCCUCCUACCUACUUGCGUGGGUCCCAGAAUCCUCCCUGGGAGAGGCAUACGACACAUAUGUGAAGGUUGAUCUCUCUGACGACUCCUCGCCACCGCGCCAAAAGUACCUAGUUCCCCCGCUUCCGACCACCACCACCUACAAAGACCCCAUCGGGCUUUAUGCCUUUGCAAUUCCAUUAUCAGAGAUAUACUCGCUGCUAGUACGACCGCCAAGUCUAGGAUGGUGGUUUGGAAGCUUGGUGAUCAAUACCCGGGCGGGCGACGGCUUCCCGGCACUCUUCUUCCACGAUGACGAGUGCGAGUCAACCAUCUUGCAGAAGAAGAAGAGGGUACGAGAGAACUUUGACCCAUUUGGCAAUGAAGGGAGCUUAUUUUGGGGCGGGGAUGAGGUUCUUCGCUGGCUUCGGAGGUAUGUGGAAGUGGAGCGCUCAUCCGUGGACCGUAACGUCUACCUCGUGAAUCCGUCCCAUGAGGAUCAGCUGUCAUUUGGACGGUCAGCCAGUCAUGGCGAUGCAUCAUUGCCACUAAUGGCUCAACCAGAAGCUGCCGCGGCCGGCCCCAGCCAAGCGGCUGUGCCCGAUGCAAGCAUGGACCCCUUCAUGAAGACUCUCAAGGAGACUCGGUGGAAGGUAUUGGAGCAGCUAAGCAAGAUUACAACAUUUACCCGUCGGACUGCCAAUGAGAUUGCGGAGAACCCUCGAAUCCCACCUCAGAUGCGCCGUCUCAUGAAGAACCCAGAAAUCCAGACACUACAAGACGAGUUCGACAGCGCCAGAGUCUAUCUGGCUCGCUGGGCGAUGAGUGUAGCUGAUCAGAGCGAGAAAGACCGCAAUCAACGCAUAUGGACUGCACAAGAUAUGCUGGAGAUGGAAAAUAGCUCCGUCGGAGACUUUGAGAUCCUCGAGUUGGAGACAGGGAAUCUUGCUCUCCAAGAGCGACGUCGAGUCCUCAAGUUAGAGGAAUGGGAGGGCUUCUUCGAUUCAACAUCAGGAAGACUCCAAGUGACUGCGGAAGAAGUCAAAGAACGGAUCUUCCACGGUGGAUUAGAUCCAAAUGAUGGCGUCAGGAAAGAUGCCUGGCUCUUCCUUCUCGAGGUAUAUCCGUGGGACAGCAGCCGGGAAGAGCGACAGGCUUUGAUGAACUCGAAGCGUGACGAGUAUAUCCGACUUAAAGCCGGCUGGUGGGAGCGGAUGGUCGAAGGUAACUCGACAGUCGAACAGUUUGAUCAUUGGAAAGAACAACGAAAUCGUAUAGAAAAGGAUGUUCACCGAACGGAUCGAACCAUCCCUCUCUUCGCGGGCGAGGACAUCCCUCAUCCUGACCCCGAUUCUCCUUUCGCCGAGACCGGCACCAACGUGCAUCUAGAGCAAAUGAAAGAUAUGCUCUUGACUUACAAUGAAUAUAACCCAGAUCUCGGCUAUGUGCAGGGAAUGAGUGAUCUCUUGGCGCCGAUCUAUGCCGUUAUGCAAGAUGAUGCAGUCGCUUUCUGGGCAUUCGUAGGAUUCAUGGAUCGGAUGGAACACAAUUUCCUCCGCGAUCAAUCCGGAAUGCGUGGUCAGCUCUUGGCUCUGGAUAAUCUCGUCCAGCUCAUGGACCCGCAGCUCUACCUGCAUCUGCAGUCAGCCGAUAGUACCAAUUUCUUUUUCUUCUUCCGCAUGCUCUUGGUCUGGUACAAAAGAGAGUUCGAUUGGUCCGACGUGCUCCGACUCUGGGAGACUCUCUGGACAGACUAUUUCUCCAGCAGCUUCCAUCUGUUCAUUGCGUUGGCAAUACUAGAAAAGCAUCGUGAUGUGAUUAUGGACCAUCUCAAGCACUUUGAUGAGGUUCUCAAGUACAUCAACGAACUUUCCAACACCAUGGAACUGGUUCCCCUUCUUACCCGUGCGGAAUCUCUCUUCCACCGCUUCGAACGCUCUGUUCAGGCGAUCGACAAGAAAGACAACUUCCCCGCUGCCCCGACCGCCCACCAACGCCGGCCCGGAACUCAGGGCUCAGAGGACAAAGGCAAAUCUCCAGGGCCUGCUGGAUCCAGCAGCGGAGUUAGCGCUGGACCCUCGACUCUGCAAAAGGCAGUGAACGCCGAUAAGCCCAAAGUGAUCUCCCCAGAACUCCGAGAACUACUCCGCAAAGAUGUCCCGUGGAAACGAAGUGCCCAAUGA